AUAAUUUUUUUUUUAAUUUAAAAUUCAAAUAUAAUUAUGAAACGGAUAAACAAAGGCAAUCUACUUGUCACUCAGUCGAAAAAGGUCCUCACUCUUUCAAGCUAUAAAUAACACUGAGACACCAUCACCUUCUUCAUCUUCGUAGAGAGGAGUUCGGGAGGGUUACGGAGAAAAAUGGCGAUUACAGGCCCAAGAGUCUCUGUCAAUGGCGCCAAGGGUUCACAGCCGGGGAGUCGCUCGUCAGGUUCCGUUAUCACUACCCAUAGCUGUCCCAUACGACGUCGCUUUGCGUCACCUCCGCACCGUCAAGCCCAACCAGUUCACCUCCGCUCACUACCGGGAAAUUGACGCCCCCAUUACCACUGUGUGGUCGAUUCUCCGGUGCUUCGAUUCCCCGGGAGAGUACAAACCCUUCAUCCAGUUCUGCCACCUCGCCAGUGGCAACGUUGAGGUCGGCAGCAUCCGCCACCUCGUUGUCCACCGGAACCUCCCCGGAAAGGACAGCAUCGAGCGUCUCGACAUUCUCGACAAUAACGCUUAUGUCACCGGCUUCAGCAUUAUCGGCGGUGACAAUAACCUAAAGAACUACCGCUCUGUCACCACCCUGCACACUGCGGCCAACAGCGAGGAAACGGUCGUAGUUGAGUCGUACGUCAUCGAUGUUCCGCUGGUGGAUCACCGGAGGCCUGCCGGGUCUUCGUGAAUACUGUGAUUCACUUCAACAUGAUCAUGCUGACAGCCAGGUCCUACAACGAAGCCGGUAUUGUGAAGCCGCUGGAGGCACUCUUUUUUCGCCCUCUGCCGACGUGAACCUCGCCGCCCGCCGUGAAACGCCUCCAUCAGUCGUGCCCAUACUACCACCGGAGCUUUUCCCCGCGUCCUCUUUCUUUAAUCAUUUUCUAUUCUCCAUGGAUCAUAAUGUAAUCUGGAUAAAAAUUAUGGAAAUAAAAAAUUAAAGCAGCCGAGCCUUAACUUCA